AGGCUCUAGAGAUGCAGGCGGGGUGUUAGUGUGUAUGAACUCAUGUAGUCUGAUCAAACACUGACCACAAACUCAGUCGCCCACUGAUAUCCUCAGGUCCUUCGAGGGUAAAGUCAAAUUAUUAUGGCUGCUACCUCCCAGGUUUUCAGGGUCAUCCAUGGCAGGAGAUUUGGUCAGAUCUUUGUGCCAGCCAUAACAUGCCAAAUCUGCAUUCAGACUCCUCAUCCCUGUUCCAGUGCAGCUCAGACACACAUCUCUGAUCAAAGAUGGCGGUUCCAGUCACGGGGAUACAGGACCUCACCUGCAAGGCACACCUACUACCUGACUCCACCUCAGGUUAACAGCAUCCUAAAGGCUAAUGAGUACAACUUCAAAGUUCCUGAGUUUGAUGGCAAGAACCUCAGCUCGGUCAUGGGUUUUGACAGUAAUCAGCUGCCAGCAAACGCACCCAUUGAGGAUCGGCGAAGUGCAGCAACGUGCCUCCAAACACGUGGAAUGCUUUAUGGCGUAUUUGAUGGCCACGCCGGCUGUGCUUGUGCUCAGGCACUCAGCGAGCGGCUCUUCUAUUAUAUCGCGGUUUCAUUGCUCCCACAUGAGACAUUGAUCGAGCUUGAGAACGCAGUGGAGAACGGAAGACCUCUUCACCCCAUUCUACAAUGGCACAAGCAUCCCAACGACUACUUCAGCAAAGAAGCCUCACGCCUUUACUUCUCCAGCCUGCGCACUUACUGGCAGGAGCUCCUGGAUCUGAGCGUUCCUGGGGAGCAACCUGAGGUUGCGGAAGCUCUUGUGACUGCCUUUAAAAGGUUGGACAAUGACAUCUCCCUGGAAGCACAAGUUGGUGACCCAAAUGCGUUCUUGCACUACUGGGUGCUUCGUGUGGCAUUCUCAGGCGCUACGGCAUGUGUUGCACACAUUGAUGGUAACGAGCUCCAUGUUGCCAACACUGGAGAUGGACGUGCAGUCCUGGGUGUUCAAGAACCCGAUGGCUCUUUUUCUGCUCUCACGCUCACCAAUGACCACAAUGCGCAGAAUGAAUCUGAGGUUCAGCGUGUACGGUCAGAGCACCCGCACUCUGAGGCCAAAACUGUUGUGAAGCAGGAUCGGCUGUUAGGGUUACUCAUGCCAUUUCGAGCCUUUGGAGAUGUUAAAUUCAAGUGGAGCAUCGAGCUGCAGCGACGUGUUCUGGAGUCGGGACCGGAUCAGCUCCAUGAGAAUGAGCACGCCAAGUUUAUCCCACCCAACUACCACACGCCACCCUACCUUACAGCAGAGCCUGAGGUUACUCGACACCGCCUUCGUCCUCAGGAUCGUUUUCUGGUGCUGGGCUCGGACGGGCUGUGGGAAACACUGCACAGGCAGGAGGUGGUGAGGAUUGUGGGGGAGCAUCUCACCGGGGUGCACCAGCAGCUGCCGGUCAGUGUUGGUGGUUUUAAGGUGACCCUGGGUCAGAUGCAGGGAUUGUUGCAGGAGAGAAAGGCUCGCAUCUCCUCCACCUUUGAGGACCAAAAUGCAGCUACACAUUUGAUUAGGCAUGCGGUGGGGAGUAAUGAGUUUGGAAUGGUGGACCAUGAGAGACUGUCAAAGAUGUUAAGUUUGCCAGAGGAAUUAGCUCGCAUGUAUAGGGAUGAUAUCACAAUUAUUAUAGUACAGUUUAAUCCACACGUCAUUGGGGGACAGUAGAACAGGACAGAUUGUUCCUCCCACACGCUCUCUGUUACAUAUAUCUUCACUUUUAAUCUAACGCACAAUCUCGACGCUGCAUUAUCCACAAUAUCAGCACAGCAAAACGUUACCUUUUACCAGUGGAAUGUAUUACUCUUUUAUGCUCACUUUUAUAUUCAUGGCAGCUGCCUCAAAGGGGAAUCAUAUCUCAGCUGUGAGCUGUGUUGGAUCCUAAUGUUAUAUGUGGAAUGAAGCUAAACAGAAAAGGUCAUGCUGAGCCCACUACAGAACCGCUUUCACAAUUGGUCAAAUUGCACCACCAAACCAUAAAUCAAGAUUGGAACUCCUGGUGACAUUGACUAAUGUAGGUUCAGCUAAUUUUGCACUGAGGAGAGAUUUGUAUA